AGGGCAGGGCUCGAGCGCGCCCCUGCCCGGGUGCCGCCCCGCCCAUGCAGCCGGACCCGCACGAUGUGCUCGGAGUGCCGCGUGGCGCCACGGCCGAGGAGGUGCGGCGCGCCUACCUGGAGAAGGCCAAGCGGCUGCACCCGGACAGGAGCACCGCCCCGGACGCGCAGCAGGCGUUCCAGCGGCUGCAGCAGGCCUACCAGGCCAUCUCGAGCGGUUCCGCCAGCAGCGGCCCCAGCGCUUCGGCGCCGCGCGCAGGCCCGCACAGCCGAGCGGAGCAGUGGGCGGCCCAGCAGGCGCAGUGGGCGCGGGGGGCCCGCCACGAGGAGUGGGACCCCUACCGCCAGUCGCGCCCACACGCUCCGCCUCCGCCGCCCUUCUGGGAGCUCAUCCAGCAGCGCCGCAUCUGGAUCAGAGGUGGACUUGUGCACAGGAUGGUGCACUCGUUGGUAGCGACUUGCCUUCCUUUGCUUGCCAUGUGCGUUUUGCCAUGCUUGUGUCCCUUGGUGCACGAUCUGAUCACACGUUCUGAAAUGGCAUCGGCGGCGCAAAUCCCAUUCAGCGCGGAGCCUCGCCAUGCCCGAAAAGUGUACCCAGUAGAUGUGCACGAGCUCUCGGCAAAGUUAGUGGGAUAAUGCGUUCCCAUGGUGCCUUCGAACCGUCGGCACUUGUUUAGAUUGUUGGGCCAUCGCUCAUUCAGCUGCAUCCUGUUGAACUGUUAAGCCUCCACAACAAUCACCGAGCGCGUUCCGCUACUCGCAAAGUGCCUACUCGCAAACGUCCGAAACACAGAGUUG